ACAAAAAACAGAAGUAACACAAGCCUCACAAACCACAACCUGCCCAGCCCGAGAGGGGAGAAACUGCUGCACGUUUCCACCAAAAACCUGGGAAACGUCUUCAGAGAUCUGACAGAGGCACAAGGGUCCCCCAGUUUCCAAUUCUCAAAACCUUGGACAGAGGAGACUGAAGGCCCAGUAUGGCGGCGUGGGACCUGUCAGUCACAGUGGAGGACCUGGGGUCUGACGCGCCACCUGUCACCCUCAGCGUGGACUCUGGCCUCCACGUCGGAGGGGUCAUCCUAAAGCUGGUGGAAAAGACACAGAUAAAGCGUGAUUGGUCGGACCAUGCGCUGUGGUGGGAGCAGAAGCAGCGGUGGUUGCUACGAACAGCCUGGACUCUGGACAAAUAUGGCAUCCACGCCGACGCCAAGCUGGUCUUCAUGCCCCAGCACAAGCCCCUAAGGCUGGGUCUGCCCAACGGCAUUACCCUGAGGCUCCGAACCUGCUUCUCCAGCUCCGUCUUCCAGACGGUAAUGGGCAUCUGCAGAAUGCUAAAUAUCCGUCACCCAGAGGAGCUCUCGCUCCUUCAACCCGUAGAGGAAAAAAAGAAGAAGAAAGAUAAAAACUUGGCUGAGGAGAUCUACGACCUGACCGAGGUGCCCCUCUCUUCGGCAUCCCGGCCUUGUCUGUAUAAUGGCAUGCCGGCUCACUUUGCGGACUCACCUCAGAUGGAGGCCAUCUACAAGAUGCUGUCAGUCACCCAGCCUCCGCCUGCCCCCGAGGUCAUAGCCAAGCAGUACCGCGCAGCCAGCGUGGUGGACAAGGCCCACAUCCAUGGCAGGUGGUUGGACUCAUCCCGAUGUCUCCUGCAGCAGGGCAUCCAAGAAAAUAGCAGACUCUGGCUGCGCUUCAAAUACUUUGCUUUCUAUGAUUUGGAACCUAAGUAUGAUGUUGUGCGUCUGACCCAGCUGUAUGAGCAGGCGCGCUGGGCAAUCUUGCUGGAGGACAUUGACUGCACCGAGGAGGAGAUGAUGCUGUUUGGAGCUCUACAGUAUCACAUAAGUAAGGUGUCUCAGUCGGAGCCCCAGAUGCUGAGCUCCAGUGCAGCCAUGGAUGACCUGGAGUCCGCCCUACAGUCCCUGGAGGUCAAGAUGGAGGGAGACGGCAGCUCCGCGUCCGAGAUGCUGGAAAACAUGACUGCACCAGAACUCAACGACUAUCUAAAGAUAUUUAGACCAAAGCGGAUGACUCUGAAGGGAUAUAAGCAGUACUGGUUCAAGUUCCAGGAUACCUCCAUCUCUUAUUUCAAGAGCAAAGAAGAGAGCAUCGGAGAGCCCAUUCAACAGAUUAACCUCAAAGGGUGUGAGGUGGCUCCGGAAGUUAACGUGACAGCACAGAAGUUCCUAAUCAGACUCCUGAUACCAGCACCUGAGGGCAUGAACGAGGUCUAUCUGCGCUGUGAAAACGAGCAGCAGUAUGCUCAGUGGAUGGCUGGGUGUCGACUGGCCUCCAAAGGCAAGAGUCUGGCCGACAGCAGUUUCCAGAGUGAGAUCCAGAGCAUCCGCUCCUUCCUGGCUAUGCAAAAGACCAGCUCUGGUACCCACGGCAACGCACCUGCCAACGAUGAAAGCAUCAAUACUCACAGUCUGGUGUCGCCACGCUACCAUAAGAAGUACAAACCCAAACAGCUGACCCCUCGUAUCCUGGACGCAUACCAGAACGUGGCUCAGCUCUCACUGACAGAUGCGGUCAUGCGCUUCCUGCAGAUCUGGCAAGCCCUGCCUGAUUUUGGACUCUCAUAUGUCGUUGUCAGGUUUAAGGGCAGUCGUAAAGACGAGGUACUGGGCAUUGGUCCCAACCGUCUGAUCCGUAUCGACCUGGCCGUGGGCGAUGUUGUGAAGACUUGGCGUUACAACAACAUGAAGCAAUGGAAUGUCAACUGGGACAUACGACAGGUGGCUAUUGAGUUUGAAGGCAACAUCAACAUUGCUUUUGCCUGUGUGACUGCUGACUGCAAAAUCGUUCAUGAGUUUAUUGGAGGCUACAUUUUCAUGUCGACACGCAGUCGUGCGAAGAGCGACACUCUCAAUGAGGAGCUUUUCCACAAGCUGACCGGAGGCCACGAUGCUCUCUAAGACUAA